UGCUAUUGUUCAUGGAUGUGGUAUAAUAAAUUCUAGUAUAUUGUUUUGCAAGAAGCUUUGUUUUUGUUUUUUAUGUAGGAGGUAUAAUAGGUGCAUUUUUAACUGGUUUAUUUCCUGAAAAAUGGGUAAAUUCAAGAGACGGCGUUGAUGGUGCUUUUUAUGGACGACCAAUUCAAAUUUGGUACCAAAUUGCUGGCAUCCUUACUGCCAUUGGUUUUGCUUCUGCAUGUACAGCUGGUAUUCUUUUUCCUUUGGAUUUGAUUAUGGGUAUUCGUUUGGGCAAAGAAGAUGAACUUCAAGGACUCGAUAUAACUGCACAUGGUGAAAGUUGGGAAGUAACUGCAUCACGAGCUGUUAGUGAUCUUGUGAAAAAAGUAUUACAAGAACAAGGUACUACAAAAGAAGAGGCUGAGGAUGCUGGAACUUUUGAAUUACAUUAUAAUCCUAAAAACUCAAAUAGAAAAUCAUUUAAAAUUCCUCUGUUUAAACGAAUAAGGUCACGCCAUGCUCAACUUAAUACGGACCCAGUAAAUAAUAAUCAACUACAAGAGAACCAUAACGAAAUAAGGUUUAAUGACGAUGAAAUUAACAGACAAGCAAUUGAUACACAUAUGAUUCGCUUUUAA